AUGAAUGAUCCGAAUGCCUUUGAGCAUGAAUUUGUGCAUAAAUUCUAUGAAGAAAAUGCAUCAGAAUUUUCAGACACAAGAAGGAAGCAUUGGGGAAUGACAAGAAAGUUUUUUGAUAUGUAUUACACACCUGAUUCACUAGUUUUGGAUGCUGGAUGUGGCAAUGGACGAUCGUUUAUUGUUCCGGGUAUUAUUGGGCUUGAUUAUUGCGGCAGUUUGUUGGAAGAUGCAGCAAGAGUCGAAUGUAUGGGAUUGGUAAGAGGAGAUGUCCUAAACAUGGCUUUUGGAGACAAUAGUUUUGACUUAGUAAUGAGUGUUGCAGUGAUACAUCACUUUAGUACGAGUUGCCGAAGAAAAGAGGCAAUGAAUGAGAUGAGAAGGGUUCUUAAGGAUGGAGGAAAGAUGCUGUUGUAUGUGUGGGGUGAUGCAGUAAGUAGCAAGAGAAAGUUUUCUCGUGCGCAUGAUAUGUCUGAUGGAGAUUACUUUGCAUCGUGGAAACUUCGGAGUGACAUCAAGAGAUAUUAUUAUUUGUAUAGUAUCCAAGAGUUGUUAAUGCUUUGCGAAUCAACAGGAUUUAAGGUAAUUGAUCAUGGAGCGGAGGAGGAGAGUUUGUUUGUUAUUUUAGAGAAGUAG